AUGGCUUCACCAAACAUUUACACUGACGUGAACUUCAAAACUCAACCUGUUUCCUCAGGCACUGUCUCAGACUCAUCGUCAGUUUGGUUUUUCCUUUAAGGUCCGCCAAAGAAGACCACCAUUCACAAAAGUAAUCCUGGCUUUCCCACGCUGCUCCUUGCCUCAAUGAUAUUUUUCCUGCUGUUGGCAAUCUCAUCCUCUGUUGCUUUGAACAUUUUGUUUCAAUUGUAUUCUGAUCUCCUUGAAGAAAAAAAUACCAUAGAACAACUGAAUCACACAAAAUUGCAUUGUAUGAAAAACCACUCAUCUGAGGAAGACAAAGUCUGGAGCUGUUGCCCAAAGGACUGGAAGGCAUUUGGUUCCCACUGCUACUCCAUUUCCAAUGACUUGGCAAAUUGGAGCCAGAGUGAGGAGAAGUGCUCCAGCGUGGGCGCUCAUCUGAUGGUGGUCCACAGCAAGGAAGAGCAGGAUUUCAUCACCAAGUUCCUGAGUAAUCGUGAUGCUUAUUUUAUCGGUCUUUUGGAUCCAGACCAUCGACAGUGGCGAUGGGUUGACCAGACACCAUACAAUGAAAAUGCCACGUUCUGGCACCGAGAUGAGCCCAACAAUGACAAAGAACAAUGUGUUAUAGUAAAUCAUCGACUUUCUGGUUGGGGCUGGAAUGACGUCUUUUGCAGUGAUCCACAGAAGUCAGUUUGUCAGAUGAAGAAAAUAUACUUAUGAAAAGGCAUUCCCCAUGGACACAUGAUUGCAUUUUUAUCUGCCAUUACACAGACACCUGCAAAGUUCUUCUUGUGGAAGAGAUGUCCACAACAUUUUAGGUAGGCUUCCCACAGUUACACCCAUGGUUAUACUGGUCCACACACACACUUAUUUAUCCAUCCUUUACUGUCUUGUAU